AUGACCAUUGUCAAACCAGCUCAUUUCGUUGUAGUCCCCCUAGCUAUGUGGGGACAUCUUCGACCCUUGUUACAGCUAUCCCUUAACCUGCUAUUUCUCCACCCUCAUCUCCACCUGACAAUUCUGGUUACUCCAUCUACCGCGCUAAGGGUCGAAUCAGAGUUGAAAUCAACUUCUUUCGCUCAUAUCUAUACCAAAUCUCCCUCUGGAUCUGGCAUUUCAAGUCCAAUCUCUGAGACUGGAGCUGGAAAAGCCACUCACCAUACGACUUUAGCAGAACAACAACAAGAGGAUAAAGCGAUAGUAGAUAGAUUACAAGUUAUAACCUGUAUCUCACCCGAAUUCCAUCUUCCAGAUGAAUGGACUCCUGAAACGAUGGCUCAAGAAGGUAGGGAUUACGCUAGGACUUUGCCUAGUUUCAUCAAAGCUCUUAUGAGUAGAGGACAUAGGCUUGAUGGCACGAUCAACAAGUUUGAGGAUAUUCCUCUCAGUUUCAUGAUUUACGAUUGCUUCCAAACUUUCAUUCCGAACGUGAUGAAUGGUAUCACCUCCGAAAUUGAAAGACCAUCGAUACCUUUGAUAGGAUUUAUUCCUAGUAAUGCAGCAGCCACUUACCAUACUUUGGCGAUAGAAGAGAAGGGAGGAUCUUUCGCUAAGAUGCGAAGACUUGUAGAUGAAGAUAUUGUCAGAGGCAGGGAUGUUCUGGAAGCUUAUGCCGAACAUGGCUUUAAGACUGAAGGAAUAGUGAAGACAAUCCCCGGUUUACCUCCCAAGUUUGACUCUAAGUUAACUUCUUUUGACAUUAUGAGUGGUGUAAGGCCAAACUUCGAUACCAUCCCUAUGCCUCCUCAGGCAUUCAUGUCGAUCAUACCAUCCUACAAAGCAGUCAACGACAGUGCCACAAAGGGUUUGAUUUGUCCUACCAGCGCGGAUUUGGAACUAGAAGCUGUCGAGGCUUUGGAGAAAGAAUUGAAUAAACGCAUCUACAUGGUUGGUCCUCGAUUCCCCGAUGCUGUUUGGGCUGGAGAACUUCCCGAGCGAAAAGCUAAGAAUGAAGAUGAUGAGAGAGUUUUCACAUUCUUGGAUAAGAUGGGUAAGAAGUAUGGACCAAACAGUGUUAUCUAUGUUAGUUUAGGAUCACUCUUCUUCCCUGUACUUCGACCUGAACUCAUUAAAUAUAUCCUUGAAUCACUUAAAGAAUCUGGAUUUCCAUUUGUUUUCGCCCACGCUUCAGGAAUUGUUCAGGUGCCUCAGGAAUUGCUGGAUGAGUUGAAAGAUGAUGAGAAUUGUUGUGCGGUGAAGUGUGCCCCUCAAUGGGAUGUCGUCAAUCAUGAUGCUACCGGGUAUUUCUUGUCUCACUGUGGAUCAAACAGUACUGCCGAAGCAAUGUUAGCAGAACUUCCAAUGGUAUGUAUGCCAUUCGCAGCUGAUCAAGGAGAAUUUACUUCCAUGUUAUCUGAGAUAUACAAAGUGGCAAUCGACCUUAAACAAGUCAAAACCUUCUCCAAACCCGAAUUCAACAAGCUCUAUGAUGGAACGGUCAUCGUAGGUACGGAAGAAGCUAUCAGAGCUGAACUGAAAGAGACUUGGGACAAGAUACGAGGUCUUGAAGGUAGAGAUAUGAGACAGAGAAUGAAAGAGCUCAAAGCGACUGUUAAGAAGAGCUGGGAGAGUGGGAAAUCAAAGAAAGAUAUGUUGGCGCUGGGUACUUGCUUUGAAUGA